AGAAAUUAUAAAAAAAUGAAAUUAUGGUUUUUUUUGUUUUGGAUUUUUAAUCGCGUAUUUUAUGGUGUAUAUUCAUCAAAUGUUUGGAGCUCUAGUUUUGAAACGAAUGAAAGUGACUCAUGGAAUCUAACACCUGGUAAUCAACCAUUUCAAAGAGUGCUAUACUCAGAUUUAAGUGGUAUACCAAUUCAAGAUGGACUUUAUGCAAUGUCAGCUGUAGGAACAAAUAAUCAGCUGCUGCUACCACAAGUGACAUAUUAUGGUGGAAAUGUUGACAUUUAUUUUUUUGCUUAUGCAGUUGAUACUUUAAACAGUGUUGGUCUCUUUCAUUUAUAGUGGUGAUAGUCUAAUAUACAUUGACUCUGUUUCAAUAUCAAUUGAUGGUAUCAUUGCCAGUUGCUCAUCAAUAACUUCAUCAAAUAAUUGUGGAUUAAGUACUUCAGGGUCUUCUGAAAGGGGGUGGGUAUUUUCAGCCUCUGGUUUAACUUGGUAUAGUAGUUCUGGGUUCAGCAUUGUACAAACAAGUUUUGUGUAUCUUGGAGGGGUCUUAACAGGAUCAAUUAAAUUUUCUGCAACGAACGAAAAUGUUACGCUAAUUGUUGCAGUUCCACAAACAUCUUUUACACAACAAAUUACCACAACAUCUUACACAAUUGAUUUAACUGCCUCUACUCAGUAUACAACAGGACAAAGGUAUAUGAUUACAAUUACAUCAGCAACUCCAUCACUUGGUGCUACACUGAAAUCUUUUUAUUUAAGUGUCGGUGGUAACUGCAGCUCUUGUAAUGCAAAUCUUAUUUGUGAUUCAUUACCAAAUGGAGUCAAUUGUGUUUGUGACCCAAACACAUCUUGCAAAGGUAGUAAUCAACAAUGCAUUGCUUCGAUAAAUGAUACAUUGUCAAACCCGUGUAGUUGUUUGCCUGGUUACACUCUUGAUGAUAACAACAACUGUGUUGAAAAGUAUUCUUGUUCCUGCUUGCAAAAUUUUUGUGAUAAACACUAUAGAGCAACUUUUUGUUCGCUGGUAUCUCAAUCAUGUUUCAAAACAAUUACUGAAACAAUCACAACAACCGAAAAUAGAACAACUAUAACAGAGUCAACCACAACAACUGAAGCUCCUACCACAACAACCAAUACUACAACAACAACUGCUGAAACAACUACAACAACCAAAUAUAUAACAAUAGCUGAGUCAACCACAACAACUGAAGCUUCUACUACAACAAACAAAGCUACAAAAACUACAGCUGAAACAACCAUUACAACUGAUGCUACAACAACAACAGCAGAGUCAACCACAAAAUUUGAAGCUUCUACCACAACAAACGAAGCUACAACAACAACAGCUGAAACAACUAUAACAACUGAUGCUACAUCAACAACGGCAGAGUUAGCCAUAACAACUGAAGCUGCUACCACAACAAACGAAGCUACAACAACAACAGCUGAAACAACCAUUACAACUGAUGCUACAACAACAACGGUAGAGUCGACUAUAACAACUGAAGCUUCUACCACAACAAACGAAGCUACAACAACAUCAGCUGAAACAACCAUAACAAGUGAAGCUACAACAACAACACCUGAAGCUACAACAACAACACCUGACGCUACAACAUUACCUGAAGCUACAACAACAACACCUAAAGCUACAGCAACCACUGCAGAGUCAACCACAACAACUGAAGCUCCUACCACAUCAACCGAAACUACAACAACAACAGCUGAAACAACAAUUACAACUGAUGCUACAACAACAACGGCUGAGUCAACCACAGCAUUCGAAGCUUCUAGCACAACAAACGAAGCUACAACAACAACUGCUGAAAUAACUACAACAGCCGAACAUGCAACAACAGCUGAGUCAACUACAACAACUGACGCUUCUACCACAACAAACGAAGCUACAACAACACCAGCUGAAACAACCAUAACAAGCGAAGCUACAAUAACAACACCUGAAGCUACAACAACAACUGAAGCUACAACAACACCUGAAGCCACAACAACAACACCUGAAGCUACAGCAACCACUGCAGAGUCAACCACAACAACUGAAGCUCCUACUACAACAACCGAAACUCUAACAACAACAGCUGAAACAAGAAUUACAACUGAUGCUACAAGAACAACGGCAGAGUCAACCACAACAACUGAAACUUCUACCACAACGAACGAAGCUGCAACAACAACAGCUGAAACAACCAUAACAAGCAAAGCUACAACAACAACACCUGAAGCGACAACAACAUCACCUGGAGCUACAACAACACCUGAAGCCACAACAACAACACCUGAAGCUACAGCAACCACUGCAGAGUCAACCACAACAACUGUAGCUCCUACCACAUUAACCGAAACUACAACAACAACAGCUGAAACAACCAUAACAAGCGAAGCUACAACAACAGCACCUGAAGCUACAACAACAACUGAAGCUACAACAACACCUGAAGCCACAACAACAACAACUGAUGCUACAACAACAACGGCAGAAUCAACCACAACAACUGAAGCUCCUACCACACUAACCGAAACUACAAAAACAGCAGCUGAAACAACCAUAACAAGCGAAGCUACAACAACAACACCUGAAGCUACAACAACAACUGAAGCUACAACAACACCUAAAGCCACAACAACAACACCUGAAGCAACAGCAACCACUGCAGAGUCAACCACAACAACUGAAGCUCCUACCACAUCAACUGAAACUACAACAACAACAGUUGAAACAACAAUUACAACUGAUGCUACAACAACAACGGCAAAGUCAACCACAACAACUGAAACUUCUACCACAACGAACGAAGCUGAAACAACAACAGCUGAAACAACCAUAACAAGCGAAGCUACAACAACAACACCUGAAGCUACAACAACAACACCUGAAGCUACAACAACACCUGAGGCCACGACAACAACACCUGAAGCUACAACAACAACACCUGAAGCUACAGCUACCACUGCAGAGUCAACCACAACAACUGUAGCUCCUACCACAUUAACCGACACUACAACAACAACAGCUGAAACAACAAUUACAACUGAUGCUACAACAACAACAACGGCAGAGUCAACCACAGCAUUUGAAGCUUCUAGCACAACAAACGAAGCUACAACAACAACUGCUGCAAUAACUACUACAACCGAAGAUGCAACAACAGCUGAGUCAACUACAGCAACUGAAUCUUCUACCACAACAAACGAAGCUACAACAACACCAGCUGAAACAACCAUAACAAGCGAAGCUACAACAACAACUGAAGCUACAACAACACCUGAAGUUACAACAACACCUGAAGCCACAACAACAACACCUGAAGCUACAGCAACCACUGCAGAGUCAACCACAACAACUGAAGCUCCUACCACAUUAACCGAAACUACAACAACAACAGCUGAAACAACCAUAACAAGCGAAGCUACAACAACAACACCUGAAGCUACAACAACAACUGAAGCUCCUACCACACUAACCGAAACUGCAACAACAACAGCUGAAACAACCAUAACAAGCGAAGCUACAACAACAACACCUGAAGCUACAACAACAACACCUGAAGCUACAACAACACCUGAAGCCACAACAACAACACCUGAAGCCACAACAACAACACCUGAAGCAACAGCAACCACUGCAGAGUCAACCACAACAACUGAAGCUUCUACCACAUCAACUGAAACUACAACAACAACAGUUGAAACAACAAUUACAACUGAUGCUACAACAACAACGGCAAAGUCAACCACAACAUUUGAAACUUCUACCACAACGAACGAAGCUGAAACAACAACAGCUGAAACAACCAUAACAAGCGAAGCUACAACAACAACACCUGAAGCUACAACAACAACACCUGAAGCUACAGCUACCACUGCAGAGUCAACCACAACAACUGUAGCUCCUACCACAUUAACCGACACUACAACAACAACAGCUGAAACAACAAUUACAACUGAUGCUACAACAACAACAACAGCAGAGUCAACCACAGCAUUUGAAGCUUCUAGCACAACAAACGAAGCUACAACAACAACUGCUGCAAUAACUACAACACCCGAAGAUGCAACAACAGCUGAGUCAACUACAGCAACUGAAGCUUCUACCACAACAAACGAAGCUACAACAACACCAGCUGAAACAACCAUAACAAGCGAAGCUACAACAACAACUGAAGCUACAACAACACCUGAAGUUACAACAACACCUGAAGCCACAACAACAACACCUGAAGCUACAGCAACCACUGCAGAGUCAACCACAACAACUGAAGCUCCUACCACACUAACCGAAACUGCAACAACAACAGCUGAAACAACCAUAACAAGCGAAGCUACAACAACAACACCUGAAGCUACAACAACAACACCUGAAGCUACAACAACACCUGAAGCCACAACAACAACACCUGAAGCCACAACAACAACACCUGAAGCAACAGCAACCACUGCAGAGUCAACCACAACAACUGAAGCUUCUACCACAUCAACUGAAACUACAACAACAACAGUUGAAACAACAAUUACAACUGAUGCUACAACAACAACGGCAAAGUCAACCACAACAUUUGAAACUUCUACCACAACGAACGAAGCUGAAACAACAACAGCUGAAACAACCAUAACAAGCGAAGCUACAACAACAACACCUGAAGCUACAACAACAACACCUGAAGCUACAGCUACCACUGCAGAGUCAACCACAACAACUGUAGCUCCUACCACAUUAACCGACACUACAACAACAACAGCUGAAACAACAAUUACAACUGAUGCUACAACAACAACAACAGCAGAGUCAACCACAGCAUUUGAAGCUUCUAGCACAACAAACGAAGCUACAACAACAACUGCUGCAAUAACUACAACACCCGAAGAUGCAACAACAGCUGAGUCAACUACAGCAACUGAAGCUUCUACCACAACAAACAAAGCUACAACAACACCAGCUGAAACAACCAUAACAAGCGAAGCUACAACAACAACUGAAGCUACAACAACACCUGAAGCUACAACAAGACCUGAAGCCACAACAACAACACCUGAAGCUACAGCAACCACUGCAGAGUCAACCACAACAACUGAAGCUCCUACCACAUUAACCGAAACUACAACAACAACAGCUGAAACAACCAUAACAAGCGAAGCUACAACAACAACACCUGAAGCUACAACAACAACUGAAGCUCCUACCACACUAACCGAAACUGCAACAACAACAGCUGAAACAACCAUAACAAGCGAAGCUACAACAACAACACCUGAAGCUACAACAUCAACACCUGAAGCUACAACAACACCUGAAGCCACAACAACAACACCUGAAGCCACAACAACACCUGAAGCAACAGCAACCACUGCAGAGUCAACCACAACAACUGAAGCUUCUACCACAUCAACUGAAACUACAACAACAACAGUUGAAACAACAAUUACAACUGAUGCUACAACAACAACGGCAAAGUCAACCACAACAACUGAAACUUCUACCACAACGAACGAAGCUGAAUCAACAACAGCUGAAACAACCAUAACAAGCGAAGCUACAACAACAACACCUGUAGCUACAACAACAACACCUGAAGCUACAACAACACCUGAAGCCACGACAACAACACCUGAAGCUAGAACAACAACACCUGAAGCUACAGCUACCACUGCAGAGUCAACCACAACACCUGUAGCUCCUACCACAUUAACCGACACUACAACAACAACAGCUGAAACAACAAUUACAACUGAUGCUACAACAACAACAACGGCAGAGUCAACCACAGCAUUUGAAGCUUCUAGCACAACAAACGAAGCUACAACAACAACUGCUGCAAUAACUACAACAACCGAAGAUGCAACAACAGCUGAGUCAACUACAGCAACUGAAGCUUCUACCACAACCAACGAAGCUACAACAACACCAGCUGAAACAAUCAUAACAAGCGAAGCUACAACAACAACUGAAGCUACAACAACACCUGAAGCUACAACAACACCUGAAGCCACAACAACAACACCUGAAGCUACAGCAACCACUGCAGAGUCAACCACAACAACUGAAGCUCCUACCACAUUAACCGAAACUACAACAACAACAGCUGAAACAACCAUAACAAGCGAAGCUACAACAACAACGGCAGAGUCAACCACAACAACUGAAGCUUUUACCACACUAACCGAAACUGCAACAACAACAGCUGAAACAACCAUAACAAGCGAAGGUACAACAACAACACCUGAAGCUACAACAACAACUGAAGCCACAACAACAACACCUGAAGCUACAGCAACCACUGCAGAGUCAACCACAACAACUGAAGCUCCUACCACAUCAACUGAAACUACAACAACAACAGUUGAAACAACAAUUACAACUGAUGCUACAACAACAACGGCAAAGUCAACCACAACAACUGAAAGUUCUACCACAACGAACGAAGCUGAAACAACAACAGCUGAAACAACGAUAACAAGCGAAGCUACAACAACAACACCUGAAGCUUCAACAACAACACCUGAAGCUACAACAACACCUGAAACCACGACAACAACACCUGAAGCUACAGCAACCACUGCAGAAUCAGCCACAACAACUGAAGCUCCUACCACAUCAACCGAAACUACAACAACAACAGCUGAAACAACAAUUACAACUGAUGCUACAACAACAACGGCAGAGUCAACUACAACAACUGAAGCUUCUACCACAACAAACGAAGCUAGAACAGCAACUAUAACAACCGAAGUUACAACAACAACAGCUGAGUCAACCACAGCAAUUGUUGCUUCCACCACAACAAACGAAGCUAAAAUAUCAUCAGAUUCAAUCGUAACAACUGAAGCUUCUACCACAAUAAACGAAGCUACAACAACAAAAAACACGGAGACUCAAAGAGGAUCAAAAGAUCCUGUCGCUGAGAACCGUUUAACAAUGCAAUUAGAAAAUUAUUUUAGAUUAGAAAAUUCAAACAACCUCGCAUCUGUGACUGACGUCCGAACAAAAAUAACAAGAAUGGCUGGUGUUAGUGGGUGUAAGAAGCACAAGACACGGCUGCGUACCAAUUGCCCAAUUUUUGGAAAUCCUUCAUAUUUACUAGAGACCGUUCUUCCCACAAAUGCUGAUGUGAUGAAAUAUUACUUGUUCCUUAAAGACGAAAUGACAUAUAGAUCUGCAGAGAUCCCUUCAGUUGCUGAAGUUUCAAGUCGUGUUUCAUCAAAAGUCAAAGCAUUGUGGCACACAGCAUUGAUUCCAAUUAUAACACACAAGCGGAUUGUAGCGAAGAUAAAAGAACUUCAUGACAAACAUCGAGAUAUGCUCAAGCCUAUAAAGAGGCGACAGAAUGAUCCUAACUAUCAAGCAAAGAUGCAAAUGUUUUGUACUGAAGCUAAUUCCUAUUCGUCUUCUGAUACUGAAACUGACAACGAUACUGAUGUCCAUUUUCCCUCAAUACAUAAGGUUCCAACUUCUGCAACAGCAGAGAAAAAACAGAUGAGAGCAAACAUUCCAAAUAUCUCAAAGGAAUGUGAUCGCCAUAGCAUUUUAGAUCGUGCUGCUGCAGCCAUUGCUAGUGCCGUGUUGCAAGACGUUGGUAUCGUGAAUGACUGUGACAGUACAAUGGUUAUUGAUAGAAUUAAAAUUCGAAGAGAAAGACAGAAGUUAGAUGGCACCACAAGUGAACCAAAAGCUUUCUCAGGUCCAAUUGGUAAAUUACUUCCAAUCUGUGAAACUUUUCCUGUAAAGCAUUUUUCAACUAUAGAAAUGAAUAGUUUUCCAGAUGUGAAUUUUAAAGAUUUAAGCACAGAUCAAAUGUAUUUAUAUAAAAUGUGCCACGCAGUGAAUAAUGGUGAAUGCCCAAUAAAUCUGGCAUAUAAGACUCCAGGUCCUGUAGUUCACUCGCGCUGGCUGACAACAGCUAGCAGAGUUCUGCGGUUAUAUGUUUCGAUGGAAGAUCCAACUGAAAAUCUAGUGGCUCUUACAACAUUUGUUGUUAAAGUUUACGCUCCUACUUGUCAUUACAAAAACAUCCUACUAGCAAUGUUGACUGAUGAGCGCGAACACAUAAGGAAAUUGGCAUUCAGAAGAAUCCUUGGUGCAAGGGAAAAAAACAGUCAGUCACUAAGACGCUUUCGUGUGCCGAAACUUAAUUUCGAAGCAGAUGACUACACUAAUCUAAUCGACUGGAGUGUUGCCCAGGAAAGCAAGCCCUCUGCUACAAAGAACAUCUCAACUCAUGAAAUAAAGUCAUUUGUAAAUGGUGUUUCAUUGACUGAACCAGUUUUAAACAUUCCAGAGUUUCCAUAUCACACUCAGUCAACUGAAAGACACGUUAAGCUUGUUACUGAAGCAUUUGCGUAUUAUGGACUGCUGAGCGAAAAUCUUCUAGCUUCACACUUUAGUGAUAUAACUUUGAGCAAUACACUAGUCACUGAAAUGUCUUCCAUUAUAUUAAAUAAUCUCUCUGAUAUAAACCCAAAUAUAAUUGAAUCUGUAGGUACAACUCAAGAAAUAACUGAUAUAGCGAAUAAGAGUUUACAAUAUCUUAUUGGGGUUAUGGAAGAUGAUACUCAGGCACUUGUAAAUAUUAGAGAUAGAGAGGGUUUGUGGAAAGUAAACAAUAUAAUUCAGGAUCUUUUUCUAACAUACGAGAUUAUUUGUCGUAAAAAAACAACACAAGUUUUUUCAAAACUAGUUCUAAUUGAGUCCAUGUCAGCAAAUUAUAUUGUUUUAUCUUUUUAUAAACAAGUUUGCAAAGAUCCAGAAUCAAUUGAAGUUAGUAAGAGUUUGCUAGAGCACUUAAUUACAUUAUUUCUAAGAGUUCGUUCAUUUUCUUAUGCCAAAGAUAUUAUUAAAAAGGAUAAAAUGAGAAAGAAAUCUUGUAAGACUUGUUCAUUGCGAUGUGAAAUUAAGAAAGCAAUGUUGCAUAGUUUGUUUGAAUAUCUCCUAAAUCUACAGAUCCAAUCAACUCACUGGAGUACUUAUCCUAGACCAAAUCCUCUUGAACUUUCAUUUCGUCGAACAGAAUUACAGACAAAAGAUUCUUUUUGGAUUGCAAAAGUUGAAACUGAGACAUUCAGCGUCUUUGUCCUUGACCACAAAACUAACAAUAAUGCAGAACAAUUACAUUCAAAACUGAAGAAAAAUUUAGGCUCAGCUCAUCCAGGAUCUUGGAAAUUUCUUCCAUUAUUCCAAAAGCAUAUUAUUGAGCAUACUGAAGAUGAUACUAAAUGUCUUUUGGCUAAUUGGCAACCAAAAAGAAAACGAAAGUCUAAUACACUAAAGAACGCCUUUAGAGAAAUCGGUAAAGGACAUGCUGCUAUCGAAACAUUUUGCAACAUAAUAAACAGUCCACCAUCAAUCCAAAAAAAAGCAUACAAUAACAUUGUCUAUAAAAUGUAUUUGUCUUAUACUAAAUUUGCCCAAGAUUCAAUGAAAAGAACAGCUGAACAAGCACAACGUACAAGUAAUUCUACUAUUGGUGACCCUGAUAUUAAAAAUGUAAAUACAGUAAGCGUUGAUAGAAUAUGGCAGCGACGUGGUUUUUCUUUUCUCAAUGGCAUUGUUACAGCUAUAAGUAGUGGUAAAUGUGUUGACACUCAAACUCUCAUAAAGGUUUGUAAAGGUUGCCAGUAUUGGAAGAGAAAUGAAAAUUUACCAGGAUAUACUGACUGGGUUGAGUCUCAUAUUUGCCCAAUUAAUCAUAAAGGUAGCGCAGGUGCGAUGGAAGCUUUUGAAGCUCUUCAAAUAUUUAGACGAUCGAUAGUUUUUAACAAACUGCGCUAUACAAAAUACUGUGGUAAUGGUGACAAAUUAACUCCAAAUAUUGUUAAUGUGGCAUCUACACAUUUUGAAAUCAAAAUCCCUCAAUAUUCAAAAACAAACACUGCUAUAGAUUUUUAUUAUGUCAUUUUGGGAAAUUGCACAACUGCAUGUUCUUUUGAUCAACAACCAGAUUCCUAUUCUUUGCAAGAGAUAGAAACCCAUACAAAUGGAUUAUACAUAGUUGGAAAAGUUAACUAUACUAACAGUGACAUUAUUUUUAAAGUUGGAGAUUCAUCACCUGAAAAUCCAGCUCUAAUAAAUGGGUAUAUUUACUUCACAUUUGUUGUAGCUAUCGUAAAUCCUUCUAAUAUAGUUGCAAUAUCAAACUUUAGUGAAACUGUAAUUUUGGAUAGUUCUUCAACAGAAUCAACUACUUUAACUAUUACAACAUCAACUAUAAGCGAAAGUUCAUCAUCUACCACUGAAAAUCCAUUACCCAUUUCAGAAACUCUAUCAACUACAACUGAAAUACUUUCAACUACAACCGAAAAUUCAUCUUCUACUACUGAAACUUUAAUAACUAAAGCAGAAACUCCAUCAACUGCCACUGAAAUUUCAUUAACGACAAUUGAAACACCGCCAGUUUCAACUGAAACAUUAUCAACGUCAACUGAAACACUAUCUACUACAACCGAAACUUCAUCAUCUACAAUUGAAGCUCUAAUAUCUACAACAGAGACUCCAUCAACUACCUCUGAAUUACCGUCAACUAUAAUCGAAACUUUAUCAUCUACUACUGAAACUCCAGUAACAGCAACAGAAACUCCAUUAACUACCACUGAAACACCAUCAAUUACAACUGAAACAUCAUCAACAACAACUGAAACACUACCAGUUUCAACUGAAACAUCAUCAACAACAACUGAAACACUAUCAACUACAACCGAAACUUCAUCAUCUACCACUGAACCUCCAAUAACUACAACAGAAACUCCAUCAACUACUACUGAAACUCCUAUAACUACAACAGAAACUCCAUCAACUACCACUGAAAUACCUUCAACUACAACCGAAAUUUCAUCAUCUACCACUGAAACUCCAAUAACUACAACAGAAACUCCAUCAACUACCACUGACACUCCAAUAACUGCAACAGAAACUCCAUCAACUACCACUGAAACUCCUAUAACUACAACAGAAACUCCAUCAACUACCACUGAACUACCGUCAACUACAACCGAAACUUCAUCAUCUACCACUGAAACUCCAAUAACUGCAACAGAAACUCCAUCAACUACUACUGAAACACCAAUAACUACAACAGAAACUCUAUCAACUACCACUGAACUACCGUCAACUACAACCGAAACUUCAUCAUCUACCACUGAAACUCCAAUAACUGCAACAGAAACUCCAUCAACUACCACUGAAACUCCUAUAACUACAACAGAAACUCCAUCAACUACCACUGAACUACCGUCAACUACAACCGAAACUUCAUCAUCUACCACUGAAACUCCAAUAACUGCAACAGAAACUCCAUCAACUACCACUGAAACUCCAAUAACUACAACAGAAACUCCAUCAACUACCACUGAACUACCGUCAACUACAACCGAAACUUCAUCAUCUACCACUGAAACUCCAAUAACUGCAACAGAAACUCCAUCAACAACCACUGAAACUCCUAUAACUACAACAGAAACUCCAUCAACUACCACUGAACUACCGUCAACUACAACCGAAACUUCAUCAUCGACCACUGAAACUCCAAUAACUGCAACAGAAACUCCAUCAACUACCACUGAAACUCCAAUAACUACAACAGAAACGCCAUCAACUACCACUGAACUACCGUCAACUACAACCGAAACUUCAUCAUCUACCACUGAAACUCCAAUAACUGCAACAGAACCUCCAUCAACUACCACUGAAACUCCUAUAACUACAACAGAAACUCCAUCAACUACCACUGAACUACCGUCAACUACAACCGAAACUUCAUCAUCUACCACUGAAACUCCAAUAACUUCAACAGAAACUCCAUCAACUACUACUGAAACACCAAUAACUACAACAGAAACUCCAUCAUCUACCACUGAAACUCCAAUAACUGCAACAGAAACUCCAUCAACUACCACUGAAACUCCUAUAACUACAACAGAAACUCCAUCAACUACCACUGAACUACCGUCAACUACAACCAAAACUUCAUCAUCUACCACUGAAACUCCAAUAACUGCAACAGAAACUCCAUCAACUACUACUGAAACACCAAUAACUACAACAGAAACUCCAUCAACUACCACUGAAACUCCAAUAACUACAACAGAAACUCCAUCAACUACCACUGAACUACCGUCAACUACAACCGAAACUUCAUCAUCUACCACUGAAACUCCAAUAACUACAACAGAAACUCCAUCAACUACUACUAAAACUUCAAUAACUGCAACAGAAACUCCAUCAACUACCACUGAAACUACAAUAACUACAACAGAAACUCCAUCAACUACCACUGAAACUUUAAUAACUGCAACAGAAACUUCAUCAACUACCACUGAAACACCUUCAACUACAACUGAAACACCACCAGUUUCAACUGAAACAUCAUCAACGACAAAUGAAAUAUCAUCAACUACAAUUGAAACUCCAAUAACUACAACAGAAACUCCAUCAACUACCACUGAAACACCAUCAGCUACAACCGAAAUUUCAUCAUCUACCACUGAAACUCCAAUAACUACAGCAGUAACUCCAACAACUACACCUGAAGUUCCAACACCUUUUACUGGUAAUGCAUCUACUGAUAUAUCACCAGCUACAUUUGAAACUUCAACAACUAUUACUAUAACUCCAACAACAGAAAAAUAUUCUUGUUCCUGUCUACAAAAUUUUUGUAAUUUAUACUAUAGACCAAGUUUUUGUUCUCUCGUAUCUCAAUCAUGUUUUAUUACAACCAUUGACACAAAUACUACAACUUUCAUUUACCCAUCAACAGCUGCGACAACAACUACUGAUGCUCCAACCGCUCCAACUGAAGAUACAUCAACAACAUCUCAAGUUCCAACCACUUCAACUGAGUAUACAACAGCAACAGUUGAGACAACAACUGAAAUUCCAACAACUACAACUAAAUCUACAACUACAACUACUGAAAUAACAAUCGCUGAAGAUCCAAUAACCACCACUGAAGUUACAACUACAACAGCUGAGACAGUUACUACUGAAGCUCCAAUCACUACAACUGAUACUACAACGGUAACAACUGAAACAACAACUGAGGCUCCAACCAUUACAACUGAGUCUAUAACAACAAUUGCUGGGGUAACUACUGAAGCUCUAACCAUUACAAUUGAAUCUACUACUAUAACAACUGAAACAAAAACUACUGAACUUCUAACUACUAUAACUGAAGAUGAAACAACAACGGCAGAAACAACAACAACUGAUGCUCCAACCAUUGCAACUGAAACUACAAUAUCAGCAGCUGAAACAAUUACUACAAUUGGUCCCAUCGUUACAACUGACCCUAUAACAACAACAGAUGAGUCAACAACAACAAUGGAGGCAAUUACAACUGAAGCUCCAACCACUACAACUGAAGCUAUAACAACAAUUGCUGGGGUAACUACUGAAGCUCAAACCAUUACAAUUGAAUCUACUACUAUAACAACUGAAACAAAAACUACUGAACUUCUAACUACUAUAACUGAAGAUGAAACAACAACGGCAGAAACAACAACAACUGAUGCUCCAACCAUUGCAACUGAAACUACAAUAUCAGCAGCUGAAACAAUUACUACAAUUGGUCCAAUCGUUACAACUGACCCUAUAACAACAACAGAUGAGUCAACAACAACAAUGGAGGCAAUUACAACUGAAGCUCCAACCACUACAACUGAAGCUAUAACAACAACAGAUGAGGCAUCAACAACUGAAGCUUUAACCACCAACUGAAGCUACAACGACAACAGCUGAGACAUUACUUACUAAACUUCCAAAGACAACUGCAACAACUCAUUUAUCAUGAACUUGAAGCCAUUACAAUAAUGUGUAGCUUGAACUACCUCAUCUGAUUUAAGAAUAUUAUAAUUUACAAUAGCACUUUAAGUUUCGAAAAACAAAACACAUUCAGCAAUAUUACUGUAUGCUUUAUGUUAAAAGUUAUAUCAAUUAUGAACGGUUCUUUACAUUUCUAUUAACUGUAGCUUUAUCAAAAACAUUUAUAUCUUGGGUGUUUUAAUUGUAUUUAGAAUUUUAUGCCACGUUUUUUAUUUCCUUUAUUUGAACUUUUUUGUUAACUGCUUCCUUUUCAUUUUCCUUAUUUGACAGUAAAAGAUUUUCAAUUUUUAUUUUCUAAUAAUGAUUAUAUGUUGUAUUUGUUGUUUAAAGGUUUUUGUAAAUUUUUUUUUUCGACAUUUUUUUAUGACAA